CUGAAGACAGGCAGAGAGCAGAGUCUCCCUAUUAGAAAAGCCAGUGUUUCUUCCUCUGCUGAGAUACCAGGAUAAAGAUGUGUCUCAAAAGGUGAUGGAAGCUCUCCCAACCAGAAAACAAAUACGUUUUGCAUCAGAUUACAGGACCUUAUUUCUGAGAAGUGCCAUAGAUUGAAAAAGCGAAAAUGAGGGUAGCAGGAGCUGCAAAGUUGGUGGUGGCUGUCGCAGUAUUUGUAUUGACAUUUUAUGUUAUUUCUCAAGUAUUUGAAAUUAAAAUGGAUGCAAGCUUAGGAAAUCUAUUUGCUCGAUCUGCGCUGGACUCAGCCACUCGCUCUACGAAGCCUCCCAGGUACAAAUGUGGAAUCUCAAAAGCAUGCCCUGAGAAGCAUUUUGCUUUUAAAAUGGCCAGUGGAGCGGCCAAUGUCGUGGGGCCCAAGAUCUGCCUAGAAGACAAUGUUUUGAUGAGUGGUGUUAAGAACAAUGUUGGAAGAGGAAUAAAUGUUGCCUUGGUAAAUGGGAAAACAGGGGAGGUGCUAGACACCAAAUAUUUUGACAUGUGGGGAGGAGAUGUGGCACCGUUCAUUGAGUUUCUGAAGAACAUACCAGAUGGAACAGUCGUGUUAAUGGCAACAUACGACGAUGGAGCAACCAAACUUACUGAUGAGGCGCGGAGGCUCAUUGCUGAGCUGGGCAGUACGUCCAUCACCAGCCUUGGUUUUCGAGAUAACUGGGUCUUCUGUGGUGGGAAGGGCAUUAAGACAAAAAGCCCCUUUGAACAGCACAUAAAGAACAAUAAGGAUACAAACAAGUACGAAGGAUGGCCUGAGGUGGUCGAGAUGGAAGGAUGCAUCCCCCAGAAGCAAGACUGAAGGGAGUGUGGAGAGGAGAGGAACGCACUUUGACCCUGAAGGAGAGCUGGGAAGCAGCCGCUCCGUGUACAUAUUUUAGUAGCAUGCGGCCAUCCAGGGUGUGCAUGAGCCAGAUUGUCUCUGUCGAUUCCAGGAUUAUUUAUUGCUAACAUAAAUGGCUACCUUUGUAAAUAGUCCUCAUACUGAACAAAUCGCUGAGCCAUUUUUAAGCACAGUUCCCUAAAAGUACAAUGUUUAGAUUUGAGUGGCAAUAAUGUACUUUAACUCUAAAAGCAUAUUCAGUGGGUAACCAGGCAGGCUGUAUAGGCAUUGAUUUCUAUUCUGGUUGCUGUGAAACUAUCAUGGAAAAAACAUGGCUUUUAGGGAGGAAAUUUUGUUCGUACAUAUGUCUCUGUAUAAAUACCUGGCAUGUGAUGACAGUAUCCUUUAAAUUAAAGAGAUUUUUGGCUA